AUGGGCUGGAUGAGGGUGAACAAGCUGGAACUUAAUCCUGAUAAGACAGAUGUACUCUGGGUUAGUAGAAAGGCAGACCAGGGGCCUGAGAGCUCCCCUGUUGUAGAAGGGGUUACACUGCCCUUGAGAGGUCACAUUCACAGCUUGGGAGUGCUGCUGGACAUAGUGGUCACCUUAGAAAAUAGGUGGCUGCUGUGGUUCAGAGUUCUUUUGCCAAGAUUCAGCUGGUCUCAGUGUGUCAUCCUUCCAUUUUCUCUUUCCUGUUUUGUAUGGAAUCUGCCCUUGAUCCUGUAUAUUUUCGGUGCUAAUCUAAUGGGUGCUUUGGCCUUCCGAAUCCAGCGUGUACGAAAUGCAGAUGACUGCCAAGACCACACUACGCAUUUCAGACCUACCUUUGCCCUGGCAGGAGAACCCAUGAUCCUACGAUGUCCACCUUUCCGAUACAAAAAUAUGGAUGCUACCAACCUGUCUCUUAAUCUCACUUGGUAUAAAAAUGAUUCAACGACAUUUAUCCCAGCAGGAAGAGGAGAAAAAAGAAUUCUGCCUCAAGGUGACAUGCUCUGGUUCUUACCAGCCUCUCUGCAGGACUCUGGGGAAUAUAUUUGUACUCACAGGAAUUCCUCUUACUGUGCUGACGUGUCAGUUUAUCUACAAGUGUUUGACAAAAGUGCUGCUCGUGAGAUUUCCUUUUUCCAGAAGGCCUUCACGCUCAGCCAUGCAGAGGUGGUCUGUGCUAGCUUGGAAGGUUUUGUACAAAAGAAUACCAGCUAUGAACUCAAAUGGUACAAGGAUUCUACACCAUUGAAUAUAGAUGAUACAAAAUUUAUUGCUUCAAAGGGCACAGAUCACCUCACCAUCACUUCUGUGACCUCAGAUGAUGCGGGCUACUACAGCUGCCAAAUGACCUUUGAACAUGAAACAACACAAUAUAACAUUACCAGGACUAUUCACCUACAGAUACUCGGUAAUAAGCUGAAAAGCAAACCUGUGAUUAUAUAUCCAACAGAGAGGAUUGUACUGGCAGCUAUUGGUUCCCGACUGAUCAUCCCAUGUAAAGUAUAUGUUGCAGCAAGCAAUGAAUUUUAUACGGAUGUCUGGUGGCAGGCAAAUGAUGCAUACAUUGAUUUGGUUUACCGGAAGGGCCGUGUCAUAGAAAGUAAGCGCCAGGAACGUGUUGAAAACAAUGACACUUACAUCGAGGUGUCGCUGAUUUUUGACCCUGUCAAAGAAGAAGAUUUCAAGAUGGAUUUCAAGUGUAUGGCGACUAAUACUCGGGGACAUCAAAUGCAUAUGACUCAGGUCAAACAAGAAGAGCCUAGUCUAUCUUGGUACUUCUCAGCAAUUCCUGUGGCUUUGGUCAUUCUAAUUUUGGGAGGUGUGUGCAUUCACAAAUGCUGGAAGCAACGAUCUGCAAUAGGAUAUAUAUUAACCAAAUUCUAA